AUGCUCUUGACCGCAAACCUCACCCUAUCUGUCGUGGUCAUUAUUGUGGCGGAGAACUUCCGUGCUGUUAACGAUAAAUAUGGCCCUCUCGCUCGUAUUGGACCCAACGACCUCCUGACCAGCGACCCGGAAGUUAUUCGCCGGAUGGGAAGAACAAGCAGCAAACCGGCUUACCGACGUUCUAGCUGGUACGAUGCCAUGAAGAUGGAUCCGUAUCACAACUCGCUCUUCAGCAUCCGCGACACGCAGGCACACGAUAAACUAAAGGCAAAAUUGUCAUUUGGCUACGGCGGGAAGGAAAACCCUUCCCUCGAGGACGGUAUAGAUGCCCAGUUGGGGGCUUUGGUAGAUCUUAUCCGUCGCAAGUACAUCUCUACAGCCCUUGAACUGAAGCCCAUCGAUUUAGCGACAACAGCGCAGUUCUUCACGUUAGAUGCGCUCACGAAAGUCGCCUAUGGAUAUGCUUUCGGCUAUUUGUCGACGGAUUCCGAUGUCUAUGACUAUAUCAAGGAGACCGAGGCUCUCGUUCCCAGCCUUGUCAUGUCCGCCGAGGUACCCUGGAUAGGAAAGAUAUUAUUUUCGCCUACAUUUCUCAAAUUUGCUGGGCCUAAGCCAUCUGACAAGAAAGGCUUUGGUAUGAUGCUAAAGCUGGCUGCAGACCUCGCUACCACUCGGUUCGAGCCUGGCGCGAAAGAUGAAAAGGAUAUGCUAAUCAUCGCUGGAAGCGACACAACUGCAACGGCGAUCCGCGGCACAUUACUAAACCUUAUGACGGCGCCUCACGCAUAUCGGAAAUUGCAAAAUGAGAUCGACGAAGCGGCUGCCAAUGGAAGCCUUUCCAGUCCGGUGAAGGCGGAGGAAGGGCGGAAACUGCAGUAUCUCCAAGCCGUGAUAUAUGAGGGUCUGAGAAUCAAUAUACCCUUCUCUGGAUUGGUCUCGAAAGAGGUGCCCCCAGAGGGAGACACGAUCAAUGGCCAAUUCAUUCCAGGGCGGACACGAAUCGGUCAAAAUUUCCUUGCCGUACAAAGGUCAAAAGACAUCUUCGGGGAUGAUGCUGAUUUGUUCCGGCCGGAGCGAUGGCUAGAUAUUGACGAGGCCCAAUCGACGCAGUGGCGACAUCACGUUGAACUGGUCUUCAGCUCGGGAAGGUGGGGCUGCAGCGGGAAGCCCGUAGCGUUCAUAGAACUGAACAAGAUAUACGUCGAGGUAAGCCCUUUCCCCGGGAUGGGAGGUUACGAACGUGCAAGACUGAUCGGAUUCAAACGAAAGCUCCUGCGGCGCUUCGAUAUGCAGCUGAUUUUCCCGACGAAGCCUAUUGAAACUAUCAAUAAGAACCUGUUCUUUCAGAAGAACAUGUGGGUUCGGGUUACUGAACGCUUCCCAGAAUCUCCAUAG